AGAAGGGAGCACUUGUGCAUCUGACGUCUCUACAGAGGAAAGGAGGAAUACUGCUGACGUCUCCACAGGCAGUUUGGGCAGUGGUGCGAGUGACAAAGAAAAUAAAGAUGUUGGUGAGAACAGGAAUGGCCUAACAAUACCUGUACUAUCAGCAAUAUCACUAGAUACUACCGAGUCGCUUUCACAUGAUGAUGAGGAUUCGGUGUCACUCGACCAAACCACUGACUACACCUGCUGUUAAAAUGCCAUGUCCAGUUUGUGGUGUGGAAGUGAAUGACCAAGCAAUCAACACACACCUUGACCAGUGCUUGGCCAGUGCUGAAAAGAAGUCUUCUUUAAGACGAUCAACCCCUAAAAGGAAAUAUAUGGCGAAGUUGGUUUACAAUAUAAUGUCGGAGAAGAAUGUACGCAAAAAACUUAAAGACGACGGUCUGUCAUGCAAGGGAGAUAAACAGACACUGAUUAACCGACAUCGUGAGUUUGUGUUGAUGUAUAAUGCUGAAUGUGAUUCUCUUAGUCCCAGGCCAGUUGAACAGCUGAUCAAGGAACUUGAAGCUGUAGAAAAAGCCAAGGGAGCAGAGAGUGCUAGCAGUUUACGGAAACAGAGAGGAGUGAAUAUUGAAAAGAACAGUUCUCCAGCCACAAUUAAAAAUGUUCUGCAAGACUAUGAAAAGACACACAAGUCUCACUUUGAUGAAUUAGUGAAGGCAGCCAGAAGAAGCUGCAGAAAUAAAGACCAGCAAUCACAUGGAGCAAAGAAAAGUUCCUCAGAAAACAGUUUUGAAAAAAAUGUUUCUAAGACUGGUUCUAUGGCUACUACAGAUAUUAUAGGUGAUAAUGCAACAAAUCCUCAAACAGGAAACAAGACUGCUAGUCCUACAGUCACAAAUAUAGAAGUUAUUUCAUCAUCUUCUGUCAGAAAUCCUCAAACAGGAAGCAUUAGUGCCAGUCCUACAGUCACAAAUAAAGAAAUGAUUUCAUCAUCAUCAUCAUCAUCAUCAUCAUCAUCAUCUAUGGGUAAAGACAAUGAUAUUGCUAGUGCUGUGGUAAGUAAAGAGACUGAUUCCUCAUCACGUUUUGUAACAAACUCUCAAGCUGCAAGCAGUAGUAUAGACAGAAAAUCAUCAAGUGCUUCUGUUAGGAGUACAGGAACAAGUUCUCCGUCAUGUCUUAUGACAAACGGUCCAACAGGAACAAAUUUAGGUAUAGAUGGAAUCUCCUCAUCUAGUCAUACACUCCCAGGAACAGGGUUAUCAGGAAAAGAAAGAACACCAAAGAAAGUAAGGAGACGAAUACAUCACAAUAAUAUAACUUCAACACCUUCUCCGACAAAAUUAGCUGGGCUCGGAUGCUCCCCAUUCAAGAGUCCGAAAAUGGCAGGUGAUCUCAUUACCCCACAAUCUCCAGGAAAGUGUGCCCUUUUUGUGGAGGAUAGUGAAUGUGGAAGUGACAUGGAGGAUCAGCUCUUUAAGAGAAUCAACUCUUCUAUAGAUACUUUUUCUGAAGACGACCUGGAGGAGAAUUGCCCAGGUCAGUCCUCCGAGUGGCCGGCCCUGUCCCAGGCUUUUGUACUUAAGGAUCAGAGCAGGACAGCCUUAGGUGAGGAGGAGGAAGUGCCUGUGUUCACUGCUGUACACAUGCCUCCACGGUCUCGUCAUGUGUCUGGGCUGUCCGUGGAGAGUGGCACAUCCACAGGCAGUGAGGAGUCGUCAAUAUUGUGGGUUUCACCCCCAGUAACCAUGAAGAUUGGGACCAGAAGACGAUCUGAAAGAGUCAAAGCAGGAAAUGAAGACCAGGGGAAAAGAAAUGAAAAAGAUGACACGGAGGAAAAAGAGCAUCAACCUAAUACAAUGAAGAGGAAGCGAUCUACUGGAUCAGUCAGUAGGUGGCAUUGCAAAAAGGGUCAAACGGAGAAGAUGAGAAAACUGGUACAAAGAUUUAUAGGGAGACUUAACUAUGCUGAAUUAUAUACAAGAAAAUGUUCUCUUUGGCGGACUGUCAGCUAGGAAAUGUCAAGCUUAACUUCUCAAUGGCGGACUGUCAAAUAUGAAAUGUCAAGCUUACAGUGUAACUUCUCUAUGGCAGACUCUCAGAGAGAAAAUGUCAAGCUUACAGUGUAACUUCUCUAUGGCCGACUCUCAGAGAGAAAAUGUCAAGCUUACAGUGUAACUUUUCUAUGGCCGACUCUCAGAGAGAAAAUGUCAAGCUUACAGUGUAACUUCUCUAUGGCCGACUCUCAGAGAGAAAAUGUCAAGCUUAACUUCUUUUUGACGGACUGACGAGUAUGAAAUGUUAAGCUCAACUUCUCUAAGUACAGUGGAACUUCGUUAACUCGAACUAAGAUAACUC